AUGCUCGGUUGAAGUGAACCAGAGGUUGGACAACUUGAAUAUGCUUCUGGGGCUUUCAGUGUGAGCCUUUGAUUUGUAGAGAAUAUUUUUUGUAUCGUCCCGCUGUUUGGAUCCAUAGUCAGAAGGAAGCAAGGCCUAACGACGUGCUGUGGGCUAUUUGUUUUAUUCAGCUUUACGAAAACUUAGUCUAAAACUCCCGCAGUCAUGUGAACCUUUGGACCCAAGUAAACCACAAUAGCCGUAGCUUAAAAUUUAGCGUUAAAAGGUAGAAGCUUGUUAUCAAGCUUCGUCAAACUUCUACCGUGUCAAGUUUGUAACUGGGAUCUUUCGUUUUAUUUUUACAUCGUUACGCUGGAACUUUAAAAGAAAACCACGGACAGCCACUUCAGCGAAACGUCAUGCAGCUGGUGAUUAGACGUUACCGUCCAUUGGACAAGGACGCUGUCUUGGUCCUUUUCAGCGACGGCAUCCUGGAGCAUAUCGGACCAUCGUUCCGCAAUGCUAUGACCCGGCCGCUGUACCUGGUUAUCACCCUGGGUCUGUCUGCUGUUGGCCACCACCUGGGAGGGGGGGCCCCGCUCUGUGCCCUGCUGCUGGCGGGGGCAUGGGUGGCGCUGGUCUACUACUGCUGUUAUGAGCUAUACGACAGCUUUGUCAGAGAGAGGCUGCGUACAGACAUGCUGGAUAUACCUGGCUGCUACCUGAGUCAGCCAGACAACUGCUUCUGGGUGGCGGAGGCUGAGGUGGAUGGAAGGUCGGAGGUCAUGGGUAUGGUGGCCGUAGUGGCCAAACAGAGCGCAGCCGAGGGAACAGGGGAGCGGUAUGGGGAGCUGUUUAGGAUGAUCAUCUCAUCAUCGUGCCGACGGAUGGGCCUGGGUUCCAGAUUGGCUCAGACGGUCAUCGACUUCUGCAAGGAGCAUGGCUUCUCCAAGGUUGUCCUGGAGACCAGCUCCACCCAGACGGCUGCUGUGGCCCUUUAUAAGAAGAUGGGAUUCACGUGUGUCCACACACACAGAGAGACGCAUGCUCCUGAUUGGAUAACUAAGCUAUCAGGAGUUCAUAUUCUCAAAAUGGAGAAACAGAUACAGGAAUAAGACUGGUGUGGGGUUAAUGUUCAUCCAUGGUCUUACGUGACUCACUGAACCUUGCAGUUGUCAAGGGAGUUUGACUAGAACGUUUUCUCAUUUGAUAUGUAACCUGCCGUGUACUCCAAUGUGCUGUAUCAUCAGCAUCAAUCAAUCAUUCAUUUAGCCAGUAAUGAGCAUAUACAUAUAUUUCACUGUCAAAGUAGAAAGGACAAAUUCAUCACUUGUAAACAUGAAAGAUACAUACAGGAAAUAGAACCACAUCAGACAGGCUAUUAAAGGGUUGUUUUGAUUUUAUCCUGAAACCAUUAUCGAACGAACAAACUAGACUAUCAUGCUGAGUGUCUGGGACUGACCAAUUUUGAAUGCAUCUUCCUUUUGUCUUCCAAAGGCAUCACUUUGGUUCUUAUCACAGCGAGAUGAAAGCCGGUGAUUGGCCUAUUUUGAUUUGUAUCCUUUCACACUUCUUCUAUACUGUUGUUAUUUCUCUCACAACCAUAGUUGUGUCCUCCACCAGUCUCCAAACUUGUUUUUUUUUAAAAACAAAAUGGCACUGUAAGGCAUGUCUUCUAUUUUUAUAAUAAACCUUUUAU